AUGCCUCCCAAACAAGCACCGAAGACUGGCCCGAAGGCGGUGACCAAGCCGCUACCUAAGGCGCAAACGAAGCCCCUCCCAAAAGCUGCUCCCAAAACCCCACAACAAGCGCUCCAGAAAGCUGGAGCGGGACCUCAAACGAAAAAACGGCUGCCGAAGACGCAAACGAAACCAAAGGCCAAUGUUGCGAACCCGCAAGCCGCUAAGAAGCAGCCGCCUCAGCAACAGGGCUGGCUCUCGAAAAUGGGUAGCCAGGCCGCGUCUGGCAUCGGCAACUUUACUGGAGCUGUCGUAUCCGCUGCUGGCAACGGUGUAGCGGGUGCUGGUAGGGGCGCAGGCACGAGUCUUGCAAACACAUCGCGCGGCUGGGGCGACACCAUUCGCGAAUACGGAAACUCGAUCAAAGACGUCACUGGCGCAUCGGGAGCUCGCGCGAGCUCAGCAAAGAACCCGCUCGGAUUGUCAAGCACGCCACAGGGGGCGAAGGCCAUCAUGGCCUCGCGACCUGGGAUCGCAGGAGGGUCAAAGGGCUCAGGAAGCAACCCUUUGGGAUUGUGA